AUGAUUUCUAUGAAUUCAACACCCGGAGAUAGGCCUGAAUCCGAUUCGGCGCCAACCUCCAAGAUCCUGCUGCCGUCGGCUACAUCCAACGGGAGUGCAAGCGAGCUGUCCCGCUCCUUAACACCAUUCAAUCUGGACACUGAGGCACCCCUGUCAUCUCGGUCAUCGAAUCUAACUUUAGUCAGUACUGGUAUAUCGGUUGAAUUGAACGAUGAGGUAGUCUUCUUGCUCAACACCUUCCGUGCCGGCUUAGCGACAUGGAUGGACGUCUUCGAUUUCGAUAAAACAUACGAAAGAGUGGUUACUAGACGUGCUUUACACUCGGAUCUCUUGCUCCACUGCAUUUGCGCCUUUACAGCCCGCCAUCUGUCACUCCUAGCCUCGGGCGAAGUCUGGCUCCCGAUCGCCUCCCGAUACUAUGGUGAAGCAUUGAAUUUUAUGAUUGCGGCGCUACGCUGUGAAGAGCCAGAUAAUGAUGCGCUGACUGCGGCUAUGCUAUUGAGUAGCUAUGAAGCUCUAGGGGCAUCCCGAACAUCCCACCAAUCCCAUUAUAAAGGUGCCAUGAAUUUGAUCAUCACCCGGGGAAUCUCAGCCAGCUCUCAUGGAUUAGACAAAGCCAACUUUUUCGUUUAUAUGCGCCAUGAGAUCACCAUCGCUCUAAGCAACGAGAAGUCCCUUCAAUUUGACCCCAAAAGAUGGAACAUUUCGAAACCAGGCGCAAGAGCCAGGGAAGAUCACCUCGCAAACUAUUUGAUGCUGUUGAUUGGCCAUAUUGUAAACCUUGUAUACAUGAGUGAUGGGUCGCCAUCAGACCGAAAAAAUCUGAAAGAUCAGAUCGAGGAGUGGUAUGAAGCUACCACGGAAGAAUUCCGCGGUAUAGCAUAUGGUGAAGUAUCGGAUGAUGGAAUUCAAAAAAUCUUCUUUCCUCUGCCUGCUUCAGCCGCUGCAAUGCUAUGGUUUCAUGCAGCCCAGAUCCUGCUUCAUGCAGAAGGGAACACACGUGAAUUGUCAAAUGACUGUUGGAGUAUUGCGGUGCAGAAAAAUGCUACAUCCGUCAUCAACAUUGCCUCUUCUGAGCUGCCUUCCAGUACUCGCUGCUUUGCUAUCACACCAAUAUAUCUUGCGGGGAAACACAUUCAUGAUGUUUCGAGAAGGAUGCGCUGCUAUGCACUUUUGAGUGCUCUGGAGAGAGAGACUGGAUACCGCACGCAGGACAAGAUACGAUCUCUAGAACAGAUUAUGCAGUAG